AAGUGUAUUGUGUGACACAAAAUUAGGGCUUGCCAGCGCCUCUGCAUGAGCCUAUUUUUUUUAUUAGAUAUAAUUCUGGAAAUAGCUGAAUGAUUAUGUAAAAAGCACCUUACAUACAAUGCCAGUACUGGUUGAUGCGUGUCGCUCCAGCGACAGUUCCAAUGUGGAAUACUUCGUAGAUGCCCCAACGCGUCAUUUCGUCACUGGCACCCCCUACAGUUUAACAUCACACCCAUCACGUCUCCUCCUCCCCGCACCCCACCCACAAGCGGUCCCUUUCAGACAGUGUCAAGCUCGGGCGUUGUCACGUGUCACGCUCUUUGUUUGCUCUAUCGGGCGGGGAAGACACUACAGGGAAGCGGGCGACUGCCUGAAAAAGACAAAAGAACACCCAAGUGCGGCCUGUAGUCCGUUUCUGGCUGCAAGAUGGAUCUACCUUCCCACCAUUCUCGUCUGUUGCAGCAGUUGGAUGAACAGAGAAAAAGGAACCUGUUUUGUGACUGUCAUAUCAUGGUAGAUGGACAUACAUUCAGGGCCCAUAGAAAUGUUCUGUUUGCAAGCAGCGGCUACUUCAAGAUGCUCCUUUCCCAAAGCAGCGGGGAAGUGGGCCAGCCAACUACAGCCACCUUUGAUGUCUUCUCUGCUGACACCUUCACAGCCAUUCUUGAUUUUAUGUACUCUGGCAAGUUGCCCCUCUCUGGACAGAAUGUCAUUGAAAUCAUGUCAGCGGCCAGCUAUUUACAAAUAACUGAGGUUAUCGGUGUUUGCAAAAUGUUUAUCAAAUCCUCAUUGGACAUCAAUGAAAAGGACAGGGAUGGUUUCUUAGACAUGCCUGACAAAGAGUCGGGUCCGCAAACUGGACAAUGUGGUCUAUACAGCACAGGUUGGGGUAUGGGCAGAUAUCCGUGUAAUCAGCCAGAAGGAGAUAUUGCUGCAUAUUUAGAAAGCAGCUCCUGUGAUCCAUAUGGGUUUUGCCCUAGGACUGAUGAACGUCUCUCUUCCCAGAAUAAUGUUUCAACAGCAUCCAUGAAAAUGUUAGACAGGCACAACAGGAUCCCCCAGAUGCCCAGCUCAACUUGUUCCCCAGACGAACAUAUGAGAGACUGCAGAAUUCCAGAAACCAAUGACACUGGUUGUCACAUUGAAGUAGAACUACCCCAGGGGGAGGAGACUGAAGCUUUUAUGAACUGCCGGACAGCGAUACAACCAAGGGCUAGAAGGCGGCAUUCACUGAACAGGGCAACAAAAGCUGAUGAAGUUUAUGCCAAAAUCAUGGGCAUCAAAGGCUGUUUAGGUGAAGAUAAUCUGCCAAGCAUGCACUUCAAAUGUCCCUUCUGUACCCAUACGGUUAAAAGGAAAGCAGAUCUAAAACGCCACCUGCUGUGUCACACUGGGGAGCGUCCCUAUCCUUGCCAGGCAUGUGGCAAGAGAUUCACCAGGUUGGAGCAUGUCCGCAGCCAUUAUAGAACUAUUCAUGAGGCAGGUAAACCUAUCUGUCGGUGGUGCAAGCGCCAUGUUACUGAAGAUUCAGGUCAAGUGGUUCAAGAAGGGACAAGGCGUUUCCGAUUGUGCAACAAGUGUGUGGCAGAGGUUGGGGCUGGUAGUUUCCCAAAUGAGGUGGAUGAUGAUGAACCCACUAUUAUCCUGUCAGGUGAUGAGGACAAGGAGCCAACUUGGAGCUUCCAUGAUGGGAUACACACAUCAGAUACCGAGAUUAUUGACGAUGCGUCUUCAGAUGUAGUCAUACAUAAAGUGGAUGAUAGUGAUGAAGAGAUCAAACCUAUUAUUUGCUAACUACAGAGAAGUGUAUUGGAACAAACAUUGUAAUAAAACCCUAAAACUGCAGAACUUUUGAAUUAUCAA